GAGCAGGUCGUCGCGAGCUGGCACACGCCAGCCGGUCCCGGAGUAAAUAAGGGAGAGAUUCUCCCAAGCACCGUAAAUAGAGUCCAAGUGGGCGGGGAGCCGCCCGGUGCCGCCUGCUCAUGUCUCUGCAGAGCAGAGUGGCCGGCCGCCUGGCACAGCUGCGCGCGGCGAGGCAGCUGCUGGUCGCCCCGCGCCCCUGGCCCGGCCCCUCGGCAGUUGCCACGCGGCCCUGCAGCAGUGCGUGCAGCCCCCCGGCGUCUCUGGGCGUCUACGGUCCCCGCUCGCGGACCCUAGCGGGAGUUGGGGCUUGGGGGGCGGCGGCCGUGGGUCGGAGAGCCUGGGUGCGCACCUGGGUUCCGCUGGCCAUGGCGGCGAAGGUGGAUCUGAACACCUCCACCGACUGGAAGGAGGCAAAAUCCUUUCUGAAGGGCCUGAGUGACAAGCAGAGGGAGGAACAUUAUUUCUGCCAGGACUUUGUCAGACUGAAGAAGAUCCCCACAUGGAAGGAGAUGGCGAAAGGGGUGACUGUAAAGGUGGAGGAGCCCAAGUACAAGAAGGACAAACAACUCAACGACAAGAUCGCCCUGUUCCGCGGUGACAUUACCAAGCUGGAGGUGGACGCCAUCAUCAAUGCCGCCAACAGUUCCCUGCUUGGAGGUGGCGGUGUGGACGGCUGCAUCCACCGGGCCGCCGGGCCGCUGCUCACCGACGAGUGCCGCACCCUCCAGAGCUGCGAGACCGGCAAGGCCAAGAUCACCGGUGGCUACCGGCUGCCUGCCAAGUACGUCAUCCACACGGUGGGACCCAUUGUCCAUGGCGAGCCCAGCGCCAGCCAGGAGGCGGAGCUCCGCGGCUGCUACCUGAGUAGCCUGGACCUGUUGCUGGAGCACCAGCUCCGCUCAGCGGCGUUCCCGUGCAUCUCCACAGGCGUCUUCAGCUACCCCAACGAGGCCGCGGCAGAGGUGGUUCUGCAAACCCUGCGUGAGUGGCUGGAACAACACAAGGACAAGGUGGAUCGCCUGGUCAUCUGCGUGUUCCUGGAGAAGGAUGAGCACAUCUACCGGCAGCGGCUCCCGCACUACUUCCCCGCAGCCUGACGCCCCCGAUGCCCACCCUGCCUGGAC